ACAACAACAACAACAGCAGCAGCAGCAGCAGUUAUUAAGAAGCAAGCGCAGCAGCAACAACAAGCGCAAAGCAAAAAAAUGACUAACGCCAUGGACAUAGUGAAGAACGGCAGUGCCAACGGUUCGGUUGAUGGCAGCUCGGAUGAGUCGCGCACCAACUUAAUUGUCAACUAUUUGCCACAGACCAUGACGCAAGAGGAGAUGCGUUCGCUCUUCUCGAGCAUUGGCGAGUUGGAGAGUUGUAAGCUUGUGCGCGACAAAGCCUCAGGUAAUUUGGUAUUACCGGCUUCCUUGACUGCUCUCAAUCCGGCAUUGCAGCAGGUCGGUCAAAGCUUGGGCUAUGGUUUUGUUAACUAUGUACGCGCCGAGGAUGCUGAGAAAGCCGUUAAUACAUUGAAUGGCUUACGUUUGCAAAAUAAAGUGAUUAAAGUAUCAUACGCCCGUCCAAGCUCGGAAUCAAUAAAGGGUGCUAAUUUGUAUGUAUCGGGUCUUCCCAAAAAUCUAUCACAACCAGACUUGGAGGCACUAUUCGCAUCAUAUGGCAAGAUAAUUACAUCUCGUAUACUCUGUGAUAAUAUUUCUGGUCUAUCGAAAGGUGUCGGUUUUAUACGUUUCGAUCAACGCAACGAAGCCGAACGCGCUAUACAGGAGUUAAAUGGUAAAACGCCCAAAGGUUAUACCGAACCGAUAACCGUUAAAUUUGCCAAUAAUCCCAGUAAUAGCGCCAAAGCCCAAAUCCCACCACCAUUGGCUGCUUAUCUAACACCACAAGCAGCUGCCGCAACGCGUCGCCUCGCUGGCGCACUGCCAUCGGCUGGUCGCAUAAGCAUUGGAAAAAGCCCGAUGUUAGCCAUUAACAAGGGUUUACAAAGAUACUCACCAUUGGCUGGUGAUCUCUUAGCCAACUCCAUACUACCCGGCAAUGCUAUGACCGGUUCCGGUUGGUGCAUAUUCGUUUACAACCUCGCACCCGAAACGGAGGAGAACGUUUUAUGGCAGUUAUUCGGCCCAUUCGGUGCCGUCCAAUCGGUUAAAGUCAUACGUGAUUUGCAGACGAGCAAAUGCAAGGGUUUCGGCUUUGUGACAAUGACGAAUUACGACGAAGCGGUUGUGGCAAUACAAUCACUCAACGGUUAUACACUCGGCAACAGGGUGCUGCAAGUUAGCUUUAAGACAAAUAAAACUAAAACUGCUUAAAGAGUGAAUGGCGUGACGCGUGAGCGCAAGGGGUUGGUCUUUCAAGCAAAGCAAAGAGAGUGCAACAGCUGGUGUUGAAGAGAGGGCCAGUGAGGAAAGAAGAGAAAGACGAAAAGAAUAAGGAAAAAGAGCAAGUAUUUUAGAGAACAAAAACCCCCCCUAAAAAAUCAACGCAGUUCCACUCAACAACAACAAAAGCUAAAAAAAA